AUGUCAGAGUCUUCAAACACACAGAGAAGUGAUGUCGACACACACCAAGCAACGCCGGUUGCAGUCCCACGCACAAAUAUUGUGCCGCUUAUUAAGCCACGUUAUCAGAAAAAGCAACGCACCAAUCACCGCAUUGAGGUCACAGACUCGUCAGAGGAUCGUCUCUCUGCCACACAGGCACUUCUGCAGCACACAAAGGAGGUUCUCACUGUGCACAAUGGCCCAAUGAGCUACGAACAGGAAAUGUACUUCCAUCCCUACGAACUGUACAAGCACGGCAAACAUCAGAUACACACCCGCAGUAUUGGCUACACCAGUGGAUGUGAUCUUGUCGUCACGCGUGAGGCUAUCUCUGAACCCAGUGAUGUAGACCUUGGAUUUGUACGCCGCCACGCCGAGAUCGAUAAAGCUAUCUGUCUCGACCCCAAGGCGCGUCGCCCACUGACGGAAAGAGAAUCAGGAAAGAAGCUACGCCUCAACGCGCCGCGGUACCGUAAAUACCCGGGCAUCCGUGCCCCGAAGAACCGCAAGGAACGCAACCGUCUCCUUAAUGACUACUUUGCCACUGAGUAUGCACGCAAGAUCAUGGAAAAAUACCGGGAGAGACAAAACAAGGGGGAAUGUGACGGUGAUGUAUCGCCGCCCGUACGCCCCGCGUUUGGUAACCUUCCCCCCGUCUUUUACGACAUUCUUGAUCUUGACGAGGAUGCGCAGACACGCGCCCUCGAGCGGUGUGGCGUCAAUCUGCAGCCCACCGUGAACAACGUACCUAAAAAUCCAGACUCUGGUGAAGCGCGCUUCCAGAGUAUGAACGCCCGCCUACGUGGUGAGAUGCUGCAUGCACUAAGCAGUGAGUUUCUAUCGAGGCAGAUAGAUGAUCUGGAGCGUGCCUUUGUCAAUUACAUCGCUGAAGGAGAUGCCAAUAAGCCGUUGGUGUAUAAUUUUCGCGAUGGAUACGGCCGGCUGGUGUGCCACGGCGUGGCAGCUUACUAUCACCUCGUGUCCGAGUCGCAAUACCAGGCGGACGGAACGAAGAUAACUGUUGUCAGCUGGCCCAAGAAAAAGAGGAAGGGAUGCCAAACUCUAACUUUACCCCAUACGUCAUUAAUGCAGUUGCUGCGGAAGAAACGCAAUGACAUGCCGAGUUGCUCCCCAGCCUCGACGCCACAGACGACGCCGUUCGUAAGGCCCGGAGAAGCGGACGCAGUACCGCCACCAUUCAAUUUGGAUGGUACGCCGCUCGGCUGCGAGUCCCUUGUCGGGUUGACGCCAACACCGAAGCCAGAGGAAUCGCCGGGCGAACCGAGUCUGCUGGGCAUUGCGGUAUAUGAACCGAUGCCAGUGAAUGCGUCAUACGGCGCGAAUAUGACCGCCACGCAGAAGAAGAAGAUGCGCAAAGCCAUGAGGGCGUCUGAGCGGGCGGCGGAUGACCUGGAAAAGACAUGUGCUCCUCAUCUAGACGGUACAUGA